AUGAACAUGGCUAACGGUUUCACUGAACUCACCGCCUUCUUGAGAGGUGGAUCUCUUUUGGCAAGUGAUUGUGUUUCGAACCUUGGACAGGACGGUUUGCCGAGUAACCAGUGGGAACUUGAGCUUGAACAUUGGUUCAAGUUUACACUAGCCGAUCUACAGCGGGCAAUACUUGAUCAAGCGAUGGGUCCAGUCACGUCAGAGGCCCGAUCAUUCCACUCACCGCCUACGUCUGCAGAAGCACAAGCAAUCUGUGGCAGCCAGAAGAUCCGAAGCGACUCCUAUACUUCGUUCAAUAUGCUCGGCCUUACUAUAAUGUUUUCGAUCAGUGGCCUAAUCAUGGUCAUCUCGGCCUGCUUACCCACCGCCACUGCGCGUAUGCAGCGACACAAAAGGCCGUUCGCUAGUAUCGAAUGGGUUACAAACGAUACGCUGCAGCUCCAGCGGCUUGCACAUGAGGCUGUAGGAGCGGGACGGUGGGAGGGCGCAUGCGACGAUAAUCCGCGGACACGGAAUGGUGAUCUUCUGGGUGUGCUCGACAUCUCCGAUAAGAGGCAUCCUGUACUCCAAGCUCAAGCAAAGGCUGAAAUGGUGAAAGAGUCAACGCAAGCAGAGGGAGAAAGCGAGACAGGGAGUAUAGAGGAGCAAAUGAGCGACCCGGUCCAGGAGUCCCUGUUGAGGAUUGAGCUCCCACGUGUUUCUUUAGAGCUGUCGCAUCACUUUGCAACUGAAGCAUGUUAG